CAUUGAUAUCAUCUGUACGCAUGCGUAGCAAACGUACUUUACACUUACAGAACGCUCCCCAGCUGCUGUUUCAAGUACAGUACCAACUUUAGUCAAGCAGUUAAUUGAAGUAGCUAUAUAAAAAUAAAUUCUGUAAAGCUAGUCUCCCUCUGCUACCUUUGUGCAGACAGAAGCAGCAAGGGUUUGUCUGCUUGCAAUUUAACUAGGCUGCUAUCCUUCAAGAGACAGAAGACGGAAGUAAGGAACGUUAGCUAUGCAGCAGAUGACUAGCUAGUUAGACAACGUUAACCUAUAGCUUGCUAUAUCUUUUGCUGUUCAUUGGAAAGCGUGUUUAACCUUACUUUGUUGUUGUUGUUGUCACACAUCGGUCUGUGCGCUUGACUUUUUGUUUUGGGAGAACUGUCACCUUGUCAUCAUGUCCGAGCUGUUGAGAUUCGAUGGGAAAGUUGUGCUGGUUACUGGAGCAGGUGGAGGGCUUGGGAGAGAGUAUGCUUUGGCCUUUGGUGAGCGCGGGGCCUCCGUUGUAGUGAACGACCUUGGAGGAGACAUUAAAGGAGACGGGAAGAGUUCCUCUGCAGCAGAUAAAGUGGUGGAAGAGAUCAAGGCCAAGGGGGGGAAGGCAGUAGCUAACUAUGAUUCUGUGGAAAACGGAGACAAGCUGGUCCAGACAGCCCUGGAUGCUUUUGGACGAAUAGAUAUUGUAAUAAAUAAUGCUGGGAUUCUACGAGAUCGCACCUUUGGCCGGACCAGUGACUUAGAUUGGGACCUAAUCCACAGAGUACAUCUGAGGGGCUCCUUCCUGGUCACCCGUGCUGCCUGGAACCACAUGAAGAACCAGAAGUAUGGCAGGAUCAUCGUGACGUCGUCGGCCGCCGGCGUCUACGGGAACUUCGGCCAGGGGAACUACAGCGCGGCCAAAAUGGGCCUGGUGGGGCUGUCCAACACGCUGGCCAUCGAGGGCCGCAAGUACAACAUCCACUGCAACGCCAUCGCCCCCACCGCCGGGUCCCGCCUCACGCAGACCGUCAUGCCCCCAGAUCUGCUGGAGUCUUUGAAAGCAGAAUACGUGGCUCCGUUGGUUCUGUGGUUGUGCCACGAGCAGUGCCAGGAGACGGGCAGCCUGUUUGAGACAGGAGCUGGCUGGAUCGGGAAGUUGCGCUGGGAGCGGACUCAGGGCCACAUCGUGCGGCGCAGGGACGAGGCCAUGACCCCCGAGGCCGUGCGGGAGGGCUGGGAGCAGAUCUGCGACUUCACCGACGCCACCAAGCCGACCACCAUCGGAGAGUCAAUUAGCACCCUGGUGGAGGUGCUGUCGCGGGUGGACACCAGCGAGGGAGUAACGCCAAAUCCCACCAGCACUGUGGCCGCCGCCCCGUCCGGCGGGAUCAAUCCUCUGGAGGCGGUGGGGCAGAAGCUUCCGGACAUGGCCUUCAGCUACUCGCACACGGAGUGCAUCCUGUACGCGCUGGGCGUGGGCAUGACCACGCGCGAGGAGGACCACCUCCGCUUCCUGUACGAGGGCCACGCGGACUUCGCCUGCCUGCCCACCUUCGGCGUCAUCCCCGCCCAGGCCUCCAUGAUGGGCGGGGGCCUGGGCUCCGUCCCCGGGCUCGACUUCGACUUCACUCGGGUCCUGCAUGGUGAGCAGUACCUGGAGCUGUACAAACCUCUGCCCACGUCAGGGAAGCUGACCUCCAAGGCAACGGUCGCAGAUGUGCUGGACAAAGGGUCGGGAGCCGUCAUCCUCCUGGACGUUCACACGUACGACGGCGAGGAGCUGCUCUGCUUCAACCAGUUCUCCGUGUUCAUCGUGGGAGCCGGGGGCUUUGGAGGAAAGAGAACCUCUGACAAAGCUAAGAGUGCGGUGGCGCCCCCAGACAGAGCUCCAGAUGCCGUCCUGACAGACCAAACCACCAGGGAUCAGGCUGCCCUGUACAGACUGAGUGGAGACUGGAACCCCCUGCACAUAGACCCCAGCUUCGCUGCCAUGGGAGGGUUCCAGUCCCCCAUCCUGCACGGGCUGUGCUCGUUUGGGUUCGCCGGACGCCACGUUCUGCAGCAGUACGCCAACAACGACGUCUCCAAGUUCAAGGCCAUCAAGGUGCGCUUUGUGAAGCCGGUGUUCCCAGGCCAGUCUCUGCAGACCGAGAUGUGGAAAGAAGGAAACAGAAUCCACAUUCAGUGCAAGGUGAAGGAGACUGGAGCUGUGGUGUUGGCCGGAGCGUAUGUGGAUCUGCACGGGUCCGACGACACCGCUACGCCUGAGAAGGUUCCCGAGGCGGGGGCGCUGCAGAGCGACCUGGUGUUCGAGGAGAUCGGGCGGCGCAUUAAGACCCUGGGGGCGGAGAUGGUGAGGAAGGUCAACGCCGUCUUCGGCUGGGAGAUCACCAAGGCGGGAAGCGUCGCCGCGCAGUGGACCAUCGACCUGAAGAGCGGGGAGGGUUCCCUGCACAAGGGCCCGUUCGGCGGGAAAGUGGACGUGACGCUGACCCUCUCAGACGAGGACUUCAUGGACGUGGUGCUGGGGAAGCUCAACCCGCAGAAGGCAUUUUUUGGUGGUAAGCUGAAGAUGAGGGGCAAUAUCAUGUUGAGCCAGAAGCUGGAGAUGAUCCUCAAAGACCACGCCAAGCUGUGAGCGUUCAGCGACCGGACCUCCCACUUCAGCUUCAAACUGUUAAGCCGCGUUUCCACCAAAAGUACCCGGAACCUUUAGUCCCGGGAACCACUUUUCAAUAAAAUAAAAGGUUCCUUCAGCC